AUGUAUAGCACAAGUUCACCUGCUAUUACCAGUGUCAUCAACACCAUAAGAGAUAGCACAGUUACUAUGGGUCCAGAAUCAUGCAGGAUCCCAAUUUUCUUCUGUCCAGAUCCUCUCUACCCUACAAAAUCUCGCGAAAAGAUUUCAAAGCAAGGCACAUCUGGGCGACUUAGAUUAUAUGGUCAUCCAAAUUCGGGUGUUCGGCCUGCCGGUAACCUCGACCAUAUCAAUUCCACCAUCGACGAUUCGACCACUAAGCCAUCUCCUAAAGUUGGCCUCACUGCUGACUGUCCUCGAGCUGAGAAAGGUCCUUUCUUGGGCGCCUGGUCACCUGUAGCUUUGGAAUCUGCUUCUGCGAAUAAGAUGGCCUCUAGUAGCUCUCCAAGCCCAAGCCUUGAGGUAGGAUUUUUAUGCAAAGUCGGACUUGGUAGCCGAUUUCGAUGCCUUAGGGCUGAUUCUGGCUUGAAAUCUGGACCUAAAGCUAGGUUACCAAGAUCGCGGAGUGUUCAUCUAAAACGGAAAGAAGUGUUUACUUCCCCCGUUGAUUCAAUGAGUUCUACUUAUCUGUCUAAAAUGGACGCUUCGAAUCUUUGCAGAUCACCUUCCAGUCCGCUUUACCCAUCAGGAUUGACUCUCCUAGAUUAUGAUGAUACCGCAAAUUUAAGCUCAAUGACAUCUCUAGUGCCUAGGGGACUUCUCAAUGCUGUAGGCCAGCAUAGUGAUCCACGAGCUUCCCUAUCAAGCAAGGUAAGGAGUGGUUCUUCUUCUAUUUAUUUAUCUGCAAUUAUUUUCUGCCUGACCCAGUCGAUGUCUUCCUUAAUCUUAUGCCAUAACAACUUUCUUGGCAAUACUUCGAACAAAACUUUUUUUCCCGAGGCCACAACAUCUUGGUCUUCACAUCUUCGAGAAAACUUUUUUUAUUACAUCCCUAAUAUGUAA